AUGUACGUGAGCUACCUCCUGGACAAGGACGUGAGCAUGUAUCCCAGCUCCGUGCGCCACUCCGGCGGCCUCAACCUGGCCCCGCAGAACUUCGUCAGCCCCCCGCAGUACCCGGACUACGGCGGCUACCAUGUGGCGGCCGCCGCCGCCGCCGCCGCGAACUUGGACAGCGCGCAGUCCCCGGGGCCGUCCUGGCCGCCCGCGUACGGCGCCCCGCUCCGCGAGGACUGGAACGGCUACGCGGCGGGGGGCGCGGCGGCCGCCGCCAACGCCGUGGCGCACGGCCUCAACGGGGGCUCUCCGGCCGCCGCCAUGGGCUACAGCAGCCCCGCCGACUACCAUCCGCACCACCACCCGCACCACCACCCGCACCACCCGGCCGCCGCGCCCUCCUGCGCCUCGGGCUUGCUGCAGACGCUCAACCCCGGCCCCCCCGGGCCCGCCGUCACCGCCGCCGCCGAGCAGCUGUCCCCCGGCGGCCAGCGGCGGAACCUGUGCGAGUGGAUGCGGAAGCCCGCGCAGCCGUCGCUCGGCAGCCAAGUGAAAACCAGGACGAAAGACAAAUACCGAGUCGUGUACACGGACCACCAGCGUUUGGAGCUGGAGAAGGAGUUUCACUACAGUCGCUACAUCACCAUCCGGCGGAAAGCCGAGCUGGCCGCCACGCUGGGGCUCUCCGAGAGGCAGGUUAAAAUUUGGUUUCAGAACCGCAGAGCGAAGGAAAGGAAGAUCAACAAGAAGAAGCUGCAGCAGCCGCCGCCGCCGCCUCCGCCGCCGCCCCAGCCGCAGGCUCCGCAGCCACAGCCAGGUCCCCUGAGAAGCGUCCCGGCGGAGCCCCUGAGUCCCGUGUCUUCCCUGCAGGGCUCGGUGCCUGGCCCUGUCCCUGGGGUUCUGGGGCCGACUGGGGGGGUGUUAAACCCCACUGUCACCCAGUGA